GGCAAAGAACCUCGGAUAAAACACUCUCAAAAAGAGUUUGCUGUUGUCUGGCUUGAUGUAUCCUUGGAUGUAGAUGUUCUCCCUAUUGUAUAUGUCCGAGUCUACGAGAACCCUUCGAGAAGGGUCAUCCGAAGCUCACAACGCAUCCACGAAUACCCAAACCCCAACAUAACGUAACAGCUCAGCUUCCCCGCUUGAUCGGACAUGCUUGAUUCUUCCCACUUCACAAUAUUGACAAACAAGUUGCAGAGCAAUGGCCUACGAAUCGCAGAUAUCCUUCACCCUUGACACUAUAUGUCCAUGGACAUACAUCGCCAAGAAGCGCCUCGACCGGGCCCUCGCCGAGCACGCCCGGUCCGCCUCGGCCGCCAAGGUCCGCUUCACGGUGCGCUUCCUCCCCUACCAGCUGCACCCGGACCUCCCGCCGCACAACCAGGACCGGUGGGCGUGGCUGCGCGACUCCGAGUUCGCCGGCUCCGAGGAGCUCAUCACGGCGGCCCAGGCGCGGCUAACGGCGGCGGCGGGGCGCCACAACGACGACGAUGACGACGGCCUCGCGCUCGGCCUCGCGGGCGCUGUGGCCAACACGCUCGAGGCGCACCGCGUGCUGCAUUGCGUGCAGGAGGAGCGUGGGCCGGCGGCCGCGGGCCUGCUCGUCGACGCGCUGUUCCGCCGCUACUUUGCCGACGGCGCCGGCCCGGCCGACCAAGGGGUGCUGGUGGCAGCCUGCGUCGAGGCCGGCAUGUCUGAGACCGAGGCGAAGGCGCUCGUGGUGGAGGAGGACAGGGGCGGCGGCGGGCGGGGGCUGGCAGAGGUGCGGAGGGCGGUGGCGGAGCAGCGGAUCAACGGGGUGGACUCAGUGCCCACAGUGCUGCUGGAGGGGCGCAAGAGGGACAUCACGCUGGUCGGGGCGAGGGAGGUGGGUGAGUACUCCAAGGCGAUACAGACCAUUGUCAAGGAGAGCUCGUGAUGGAGAAGGUGGAUUAGUCGUAUGUCGUCAUAUAGUAACAGUAAUCCUUGCAAUUACCCGUAUCCGGCCUCGCCCAACGCCAUACCGAGAUAGUGUCCAAGGUAUCAACCAAUAGCAUCAAAAGAAACACUCGGCUUAGACUAGAAUAGAAAGUGUGAUAUCAAUACCGCUC